GUCUUCAUUCAAAUGUGGCGCUAAUGUGUUGGAUGGAUUACCUUAUAAAGAUGCACCUUUCGAUUUCGUUCACCAAAAAAUAAUUGUUGCUGUUUUACGGAAGCGCAAUGGGAAGCGAGAACAU